GACACAGGAGUCUUAGGCUCACUGAAAUCGUUCCUUUGGUGCGACCUCAGCUACCUGGGCCCAGUGUCCUGCGCUUUCUCACCCUGAGUCUCCUCAGGGUUCACUGUCGGGGUUGGACGUGGGGUGGCGGCAGCUGCAGAGUCUGAUGAUUUCGUGGCUGGCAUUACAUUUUGGGGGUUCCCUGGUGGCUCAGACCGUAAAGAAUCUGCCUGCCAUGCAGGAGACCCAUGUUCAGUCCCUGGGUUGGGAAGAUUCCCCGGAGAAGGGGAUGGCUACUCACUCCAGUAUUCUUGCCUGGAGAAUCCCAUGGACAGAGGAACAUGGCCCACUACAGCCGUGGGGUCAGAGUGAGACGACUGAGCAACUGACCUGUUUUCACCCUGAGCUCAUCCUCAUGAGUGGCUGAUGGCUGCAGCAUUCUUUAUUUACUGAUAUGGCAGGCAGCAUUUUUAGUUCACACAUCCCAAGGAUGGCUGGGGGAAGAAACGGGGUCUAAGGGUAGUCCAGAUCCCCGAAGUAGUCUGCGGGCCAGCCUUAUAAAAUUUUUUUUAUCCUAUUUUCACUGCCCCGUGUCCUACCUCACCACCACAUUCUUUGCCUCUGCAUCCUUUUUCCUCUGGCGACACAAAUUCAUGGUUUACUCUCUGGAAGUUCGGUGCAGACCCUCCGGCGCUUCGCCGGGUUUGUGGAGGAGGAAGAAGGGACUUGAGAGACCCGUUAGUAGACGCAGGCUGCAGAGAUUGCAGGAAGGGCCUGCUGGCUGUGGGCUGACCCCCCCCUGCCCUUGCUCCCUGGAGAACGGGACCCAGACGACGGCUCCGCACCCCAACAGCUCUCAGGGCGCUAGGAAGAUAGCUUAGUCGCAUGGUAUUUCCUGUUUUUCUUUUUUUUAGAGAAAAGUAAAAACGCAUUCAUUAAUUCAAGCAAACACCGCAGUGGCAAAAGCUGCGGACUAGUCACGACUGCAAGGAAGUUUGGCCCCAGGAGGCCACCGUUGGGCGGUGCUAUUCCACGGAAUACAGUGCGAGACAGCCGUCCAGUGGAAGCUUGGCCUGCGGCGGACAGGGGCACCAAGGGAGUCCCGCGGGCCGGCCUUUGGCUCCGAGCGUUCUCCGAGCCGCGGCAUCCCGGGCGUGGGACGGAGACGCAGCCCCUGUCAGAGCGCCGACCCGCCGUUUCACGGCCAGUCCUGCCCAGAUCUCGCGAGAGCGCGAGCGCACGUCUCGCGAUACGCGGGCUCGGUAAUAGAGGGAGAUCUGAGCCGCGGCGGCGACGGCUGCAAGCAGGCUGAGGCGCUGAGAAGGGAAGUAAUCAUGGAAGACCUGGGGGAGAACACCACCGUCCUGUCCACCCUGAGGUCUUUGAACAACUUCAUCUCUCAGCGAGUGGAGGGAGGAUCUGGACUGGAUGUUUCCACCUCUGCUCAAGGUUCUCUGCAGAUGCAGUACCAGCAGAGCAUGCAGUUGGAGGAGCGAGCAGAGCAGAUCCGGUCUAAGUCUCACCUCAUCCAGGUGGAGCGGGAGAAGAUGCAGAUGGAGCUGAGUCACAAGAGGGCUCGCGUGGAGCUGGAGCGGGCGGCCAGCACCAGCGCCAGGAACUACGAGCGCGAGGUGGACCGCAACCAGGAGCUCCUGACGCGCAUUCGGCAGCUUCAGGAGCGGGAGGCGGAGGUGCAGGAGAAGAUGAAGGAGCAGCUGGAGCGGCACAGGCUGUGCCAGCAGAGCCUGGACGCGGCCGGCAGGAAGCUGCGGGAGAAGGAGGAUGGCCUGGCCGAGGCCGGGGAGACCAUCACCGCGUUAAAGGGGAGGCUCUCGGACCUGCAGUGGAGCGUGAUGAACCAGGAGAUGCAGGUCAAACGCCUGGAGUCGGAGAAGCAGGAGCUGAAGGAGCAGCUGGACCUGCAGCACCAGAAAUGGCAGGAAGCUAACCAGAAGGUUCAGGAGUUCCAGGCCAGCCAAGAAGUGCGAGCAGACCAGGAGCAGAGGAUCAAGGAUUUGGAGCAAAAGCUGUCCCUGCAGGAGCAGGACGCUGCGAUCGUGAAGAACAUGAGGUCUGAGCUGGUGCGGCUGCCGACGAUGGAGAGGGAGCUGCGGCAGCUGCGGGAAGAGAACGCCUGCCUGCGGGAGACGCGGGACACCAACGGGCUGCUGCGGGAGGAGCUGGAGGGGCUGCAGCGCAGGCUGGGGCGGCAGGAGAAGAUGCAGGAGACGCUGGUGGACCUUGAGCUGGAGAAGGAGAGGCUCUUGACAAAGCUGCAGAGCUGGGAGAGGCUGGACCAGACCACCGGCUUGAGCAUCAGGACGCCAGAGGACCUGUCUAGGUUCAUCGUGGAGCUGCAGCAGCGCGAGCUGGCCCUGAAGGACAGGAACAGUUCCAUCACCAGCAGUGCCCGGGAGCUGGAGAAGGCCCGACUGCAGCUCCAGGACGAGGUCCGCCAGCUCGGUGGCCAGCUGCUGGAGGAGAGGAAGCGGCGUGAGAUGCACGAGGCCCUGGCGCGGCGGCUGCAGAAGAGAGUCCUGCUGCUGACGAAGGAGCGCGACGGCAUGCGGGCCAUCCUGGGCUCGUAUGACAGCGAGCUGACCCCGGCUGAGCACUCGCCCCAGCUGACCCGCCGCAUGCGCGAGGCCGAGGACAUGAUGCAGAAGGUGCAGGCGCACAGCUCGGAGGUGGAGGCUCAGCUGUCACAGGCGCUGGAGGAGCUGGGAGGCCAGAAGCAAAGAGCCGACAUGCUGGAGAUGGAGCUGAAGAUACUGAAGUCACAGGCGGGCCCGGCUGAGCAGAGCUUCCUGUUCUCCAGGGAGGAGGUGAGCUCACUCAGGUUGAAGGUUGAGGAGCUGGAAGCCGAGCGGAGUCGCCUAGAGGAGGAGAAGACGACGCUGGAGGCGCAGCUGGAGCGGCUCACACUGCAGGGCGACUACGACCAGAGCAAGACCAAGGUGCUGCACCUGAGCCUGAACCCGGCCGGCGCGGCGCGGCAGCGGCUCCGCGAGGACCAGCAGCAGCUGCAGGAGGAGUGUGCACGGCUGCGGGAGAUCGUGCGCGCCCUGGAGGCCGGCGGCCCCAUCCCUGCCCACCUGGAGGCCGCCGCGGGGCUGCCCUCGUCCAGGGAGGUGGCAGAGCUGAAGAAGCAGGUGGAGAGUGCGGAGCUGAAGAACCAGCGGCUGAAGGAGGUCUUCCAGACCAAGAUCCAGGAGUUCCGGAAAGUGUGCUACACGCUGACGGGCUACCAGGUGGACAUCACCACAGAGAACCAGUACCGGCUGACCUCCAUGUACGCCGAGCAGAAGGCCGACUGCCUCAUCUUCAAGGCCGCGGGCCCCUCGGGCACCAAGAUGCAGCUGCUGGAGACGGCGUUCUCGCGGACAGUGCCAGGGCUCAUCGAGCUGCAUCUGCUGCAGCAGGACAGCAUCCCUGCCUUCCUCAGCGCCCUGACCCUCGACCUCUUCAGCCGCCAGACGCUGGCCUAGACCCCAGCCCCCGGCCUCGGAGUGGGGAACGGGCGGCCGGCAGGAGCCCCGCUGUCUGUUCCUUGGGGUCCCAGCCCCCACCGGCCGUCAGGCCCCACCCACCCCUGCCCGGCCCCCCAGGCCUGGCCCAGCCUCUGCCCCAACGGGGCGUCGAGCCUCCCGGCCUGGUGAGGACUCCUGAGCAUCGCCCUGCACCCCACCAGGCACCCCACCCGAGCUCAGGGCCCAGGGGCACACCUCUGGCCGGGUCGGGGGGGUUAAGCAGCUCAGGGUGACCCCCUCCCUGAGCCCUGAGCCCACGCCCACUCUGCAGGGCAGGCCCACCUCCUUGCCCGCCUCCUCACCCCCCGUCCUGCAGUGCAGGUGGAGGGGGGUUUCUGUGGCCAGCUCCCCGCCCCUCCCCACAGUGCCCUCUCGCCACAGCCUGCUCCAGCCCAGCCUGGCUGGGACCACGCAAGUGAGCCUGGGUGCCUGCAAAGUCCCAGCUCUCAUGAAAUAAAGGUCCCCUCAGCACCC